AGAAAUCCCUCUUUCUACUUAACCCUUGGGUUAACUCUCAUUCUCCUCAAACCCUACCAUCGAACAUGGCCGGAGAUUCGGAGCACAUAACCGGAGCUGCCCCCGUCAGCGAUGAGGUCAAGUUCGGGUUCCAGAGGUCGGAAAUGUACAAGAGCAACCUUGCCGGCACUGUCGAGCCUCCCUACGAUCGCCACCUGUUCCUCGCCUACCAGUCGCACGAAACCUGGCCAUCUCGCGUUGAGGACUCGGAGUCGGAUCUGCUUCCGAAGCUGCUUUCUUCUGCCAUCAAAGCUCGUAGGGACGAUAUCAAAUACAAGACUCGGUUGACAAUAUGUGAAGUUGGUGAUGGAAUGGACAUUUCAGAGGGUGACGUUCUGAUUUUCCCUGAAAUGGUUAAGUACAGGGGGUUGAAGGAAUCUGAAGUGGAUGGUUUUGUUGAGGAUGUGCUUGUGAUGGGCAAGCCAUGGGCUUCCGGACUGCAAGAGUCACUGCAUGGUGCAUAUGUAUUUGUCUGUGCCCAUAGCAAACGAGAUAUGAGGUGUGGUGUUUGUGGACCAGUUCUAAUUGAGAAAUUUAAGGAAGAGAUUGAGGUAAAGGGAUUGAACGAACAAGUUUCUGUAGCUGCUUGUUCACAUAUUGGAGGCCACAAGUAUGCUGGUAAUGUGAUCAUCUUCAGCGAAGUUGAAGGAAAAGUUGCUGGCCAUUGGUAUGGUUAUGUUACCCCAAAUGAUGUGUGUGCCUUGCUUGAUCAGCAUAUUGGAGAAGGAAUAAUCAUUGAACCGCUUUGGAGGGGCCAAAUGGGAGCACAUGCUCAGAACGGCGACAAGACAGAUGAGCAGACAGUUCCGAGUGAAAGUAAUCUGAACAACACAGCAAACAACCCCCAAGAAAUUCAAAGUGAAGAGAGCAACGAGAGCUUCAUGACCUGUUGCCAAGGCGCUAAUGGAAUAUCUUGUUGCAGAGACCCGCGUGUUGAGGAAACAGGGGAAAAGAAGGGGCAGAUAACUGAGAUAAGCGUCCUAAACUUGUUAGGGAGAUGGGAUCGGCAGGACACUCUUAAAGCUGUUGGGAUCAUCAGUUCAGUGGCAGUCGUUGCAUUGGCGUAUGGCUUUUACAAAAGGUCCAGGUGAUCGAAUACUUGAUAUGUUUUCAGUCCAAUGUUUUUUGUUUUGGGUAUAUGCAAAGUUGCAUAAUAUACGGACUCAGUGAAUGAUCUUUGAGUGAAAAAGAUAUAGAAAAAUAGAGACGAAGCUGGUAAGGCAACGCCAUUUUAACUGCGUUGCAUUGGUAAAAGGAUGCUAAAUACAUGGCAAUGACUUAUUUCUACAGAGCUGAUGCUCUCGCGUGUGUUUAGCUUUUAUUUGCAAAAAUUUACCCUAUCUAGGUAUUUUUUAUUUGACAUCUGAACAAAAGAUACUGGAUUUU